AUGCAUUUAUAUCGUUUUGCAAGUCAAAUUCUUAAUGAAAAAGAAUUCGAUCUUAGAUUAUUACGUCUAGGUCGUUUUCAACCUUGGGGAUUUCGAUUUAAUAAAAAUCAAGGACGUUUAUGGGUAUCUGAACAACAACCUCAACAGAAACCAGUAAAUGCCAAAGAUAAUAAUGAUGUUGAACCAGAAGAAGUUGAUUACAGUUUUAUGAAUCUACCAGUUCGUGAAAGACGAAAACUUUUUCUUGGUGGAGGUCAACCGCCCAGUAUUCAAAGAGGUUAUCUACAUUCAUUAACAAUGCCAAGAAAAAGAAACGAUGUAAACAGUUUUCAUAAUCGAUAUGAAACUCAAUCAGAAUAUGGUGGAACAGAUCAUAACUUUGGAUGGGAUGCUCCAGUAACACCAACAUGGGUUAGAGAAAAUCGUACAACCAAUACUAAUGAACCAGUAAAAUCAAGAUCGACUAAAACAUUCAGUUUGUCUACAAUGCCAUCAGAAAAAUCAUUUCAACAACAAUUCACUCAAUACGUUGCUGGACCACCUUCACCUCGUUACAAUCAGAACCCACCUGCUACUACAAACUAUUUCAAUACUGUGCAACCAAAAUCCAAUUAUAAACAAAACUAUCCUCAAUACUCUGCAACUAUACAUGUUCAAGAUUCACAUCCAACUGGGAACAUAACAUCUGGACGAGUGUACAAUGGAAGCUCAACACGUAUCUACCCAGCCAAACAAUAUAAUUCAAGUUCAUCACCUGUUAGACCAAUUACACCUUCAUCAGUCUAUCCAUCAUACAAUUCGUACAAUUCAAUAUCACGUGGUUCCAGCAGAGUUGUACAACCUCUGCGUGUAAAUGUAUACAACAGCGAUAAUGCAUCUACGGUAUACAGUCCACAGAGAAAAGUAGAAAGUUCUCCCAACUGGAAUCCUAGUUCACCUAUUUAUCCAGCAUAUCCAGCCUAUAUGGAUAAAUCAAAUCAUGUUGAUAUUCAGCCUUUACGUUAUAGACGAGAGCAAUCUGUUCGACCAGUAACAAUCUAUUCAACAAAUAAUCCAUCAACUAAUACAACAAUUGAAACGAAACAAGUAUGGAAAGCUAUACCAGCUCAGAAUUGGUUAGAUACACAAAGAACAGUACGUAGUGGUACAUUUAUAACUACAACGAAGAAAAUUCCUAGUGGACGACGCCCAGAUAUUAACAAUGAACCAUCAGGUGUGUCAGAGUUUUAAAUAUCAAUAUCUGUUUGGAAUUAACAACAAUAACACUAGAUAACUA